AUGGCACACUGGAUUGUCCGCUUCGAUGUGCCUGUCCAGCGGUUGCUUGUGCUGGUCACUGUGAGCUCACCUGAAGUGUGGCAGUCUGUCGACAGCGCUGCCACGCUCAAGCUGCAAGAAAACUUGGACGAGGCCAAAAGAUUUGUGUUCCAAGACGAGUCGUUCGAUCUGCAGAUGGACGUGAAGGGGUCGGAGGUGCUGUGGCCGCUGUCGUCAGUGUUGUGGGAGCUGCGACUGCUUGGGCUGUGGGUGCCGCCCCCGGGCCGCCGACUGCGCCACCGGCUGGUGCUCGCCUUCAUCAUGAUCUCACACGUCGCCAACUUCCUCGGCGCCUUCGCCAGCAUCACCAUGGACACACCCAGCAAUCUCCCGCAGCUCUCCUUCAUAGCCUACAACUGCCUCAUUGACGCUGGUCUCGCUUGCAAAAUGUUCUCGUUUUCGCUGGACGGUCAGCGCCUGACGGAGCUGUUGCGGCUGCUGGCGGCAUCUCGCCAGAGGUUCCCCGACAAGGCCGGACACCGGGCGCGCUACCAAGCCACGGCCGUCAAGCUGCACCGCUUUAUGCAGGUGACAUACAGAAUCAACAACGCGUACUGGUUUCUGGCUCCCAUUGUCAGGAACAUAAUGGCUGCAAUAUCUAAGAACGUUUCUACCAGCGAGAGAGUUAUUCCCCUUCCUAUAUGGCUGCCGUUCGACCUUCGAUCCUCGCCCGUCUAUGAGAUAGUGUACAGCCUAGAAAUGGCUUCCGGAUUGGCUGUUUCAGAGACUACUGUGCUCGUGGAUGGCACUCUGAUAGCACUGAUACUGCAGGUGGUCGCCGAACUGGCUGUCCUGAAUGACCACCUCGCUGACGGCGCAACUGCCACUCUAAAGCAUUCAGCAAGUGACGUGACCAUCAUUCAAGGUGAAGUCCAGGACUCAAAUGUCCAGGUGUUGCAGAAGGACAUGGAUAUAGUGGAAUCUCUAAAGAUGCUGAUGGGUUCAUCACUGUACGCAUACCAGGUCGCACUCUUCUGUCUGCUCGGCCAAAGGAUCAUCAAUCAGAGCGAGCGGCUGAUGCGGUCGGCCUUCGGCGGUGACUGGCCGGAUGGCGACGUCCGUUGCUGGCGUCUGCUGUACAUGUUAUGCCUCAGCACCUCGAGGGCCCUCAGCCUCAAGAUCUGCGGAAUCUACACGCUUUCCAGGAUGACUCUGCUGCAGGAGAAGCAGCUAUAA